GAACCUUAUCAUCUUGUAUGGUGGACCCACGAGGAUUUGAGUCGGUGUACAAAAUGAGAAGAAGCACCUUUAGUUACGUCUGCAGCUUGGUGAGGGUGUCAUUUUUUGAAAGUAUGAUGGCAAGGGAGCACACCUUUGUUGAUGGGAGAGUGUUGUCUUUACAAGAUGGAGUAGCCGUCGCUCUGAGGAUGCUGAACUCUGGUGAAACAUCGGUUGCCUUAGGGUCCUCUGUUGGUGUGAACGAGUCAACUGUCUCGCUGGUAACUCAGAGGUUUAUUGAGGCUAUUCGGGAGCGAGCGCUGCGCCAUUUGGACUGGCCAUACUAUUUCCAAGCAAUGGAGAAGAUCAAGUGCAGGUUUGACAAGAUCCACGGCUUGCCAAACUGUUGCGGUGUUGUACAUAGAGCUUACUUUAAAAUUGGAUCACCAAACCUUGACCAUGAGGAGAACACUGACACACUAAUGCAAGCCGUCGUUGAUCCAGAUAUGAGGUUCACAAAUAUUUGGUUUGGAGCAUCAAGUAGCAUGAACCAGUCAAGUCUUUUGCACGACUCUUGGCUCUUCAAGUCCUACGAGAAAGGUACUUUGCUUGAUGGUAGCAAGCUGAAGCUAUCAGAUGGCUCAGACGUUGGAGACUACAUCAUUGGUGAUGCAGGAUACCCUCUUCGUCCAUGGCUCCUCACACCUUACCGAUUGGAGGAUGACAUCUCAGACUCAAAAGUGGACUUCAACAAGAGACACUCUGCAGCUACAGCCAUGGCGUUGAGGGCACUGGAAAGGUUGAAAGACACAUGGAAGUGUCUACAGGGAGAAGGCUGGCAUCCGAAUAAUCAAAAUGAUUUGCGGUGGACAAUCAACACGUAUUGUAGGUUACAUAACAUAAUGAUAGACAUGGAGGAGGACGGUGCAGCCAUGCUGAGCAAUCAGGAGGAGAAUUGCAUCGAGCAA